AUGAUUGACUGGGCUCCGGUCAAGGUCUUUCCCGUCCACCUUCGAACUCUCGGGAGCCAUAGGGCACUUAUAGUUCAAACCAACACCUUUGGCUCCGAUACGCGCAGCAGGAGCUGGCCCGACACACCCGCCAAUGAAUUGCCUCAUCUCCCGGCCAACGUCAUAUCUGGCGGGGAAAAGGGCCUCAAGGUACCGCCCGCCGUCAAGGCGCGGAGACGUGGCCAUGCCAAUGCCAAUGCCAAAAUACGCCAGGAAGCCAAGAUCAGACGUUUUACGUCAUGCAACGGCGAGGUCGGCGCGCUGCACGCGGCUCGGUUACCAAGUAACGCACCCUGCGAGGAUGAGUGGGAUGCACGCACGGCAGAAGGGCUUGUCUAUGCCGACAUCUACGACGGGCAUGGAUGA